AGCAGAUGGAGAGUGAAAGCGCUGACUUACCAGAUAACCAAGUACCCAAAGAAUUUACCCAAGUCGCAAGUAGACACGGAAAUUGCGAGAGCCUUUAAAGUGUGGUCAGACGUGACCGACUUGACGUUUACAGCUGUGACCUCGGGGAAAAUUCACAUUGAAAUUAGUAUCACCCUGUUUCAGUCAUUGUAUGGGAAGAAAUCAUCUGACCAAGACAAUGCAGUGUCUUCAUCUGGAACAACCACCACAACACCCAAGCCAAAUGCAACUGUCAAACCAGGAAGUACUGAUGCUGAAGGUGCUGCAAAUAAUGGGCCUAAAUUGUGCGAGGCUAAAAAUGUUGACACUUUUUUGACCACCAAGGAUGGAACAACUUAUGUUUUCAAAGGGGAAUAUUACUGGAAGCUGACGGAUUCUGGGGUUGCAUCCGGUUACCCCAGAAAAGUGUCAUCAGACUGGCCGGAACUGCCUUCAGAUCUGGACGCUGCAUUCGCCUGGAUCAACGGCAAGAACUACUUUUUCAAGGCAAAUGACAAGUAUUACCGAUUCAACCCGGAUGCGAGACCACCAGUGAGCGAAGCGUAUCCGAAAGAGAUCAAAAAUUGGCAAGGGUUGCCAGCAGAUGGGAAAAUCAGCGCUGCUCUACAGUACAGCAACAAGUUGACGUACUUCUUCAAGGGCACUGAGUACUGGCGUUUCAAUGAUAACGACUUCGAGGUGGACAAGGGAGACCCUCCGUACCCGCGCCCAGUGGGCGACUGGUGGUUCGGCUGCAGCGGGACCAAAACUGGGUCACUCAAAGCAAAUGACUCGUUUCGCAGCAGCGACGCACGACCCGAUCCGGCCUCCGUCCUCGAUGCAGUUUUCGCUCCAUUCGAUGCGCACAAGGUGGACAAGGGAGACCCUCCGUACCCGCGCCCAGUGGGCGACUGGUGGUUCGGCUGCAGCGGGACCAAAACUGGGUCACUCAAAGCAAAUGACUCGUUUCGCAGCAGCGACGCACGACCCGAUCCGGCCUCCGUCCUCGAUGCAGGUACAGGACCCGACUCGCGAUCCUGA